GAGCUCAAAUCAUUGAUCGAAUUGGAUUUAUCGUACACGUCAAUCGAAGGAUUACCUUAUUCUGUUGGAUAUCUUGUGAAUCUCGAGUCUUUAUCUCUUGCGGGAUGCACAGAGAUAAGGGAACUUACCCAUUGUAUCGGAAAACUAGAGUCUCUGAUUGAAUUGGAUCUCUCGUUCACGCGCAUCAAAGAGGUACCUUCAUCAAUUGGGUUGGCAAAGAAGCUUGAAGUGAUACGCGCUAGAUGUUAUUGGAUGGUGGGCGAAGUUUCAAGCGAAAUUGGAAAGUUGGCCUGUUUGAGAAUCCUAGAUCUAUCAGAGACUGAUAUUCGUCGAGUGCCAGAAACAAUUGUUGCGCUCCCUCACCUAGAAAAACUGAUCCUCAAGAAUUGUGAUAAGCUGCAAGUGUUGCCGUCACUUCCACCAAGUUUGACUCAUCUAUUUGUUAGCUCUCUUUCCUUACAGUCUAUUCCAGAUCUCUCAAACCUGACUAAUCUAGUUGAUCUUCUCUUAUCGGAUAACCAUGAUUAUCUAUCAAUGUCUUCGUCAAGCCUUAUUGAAACCUAUAACAUAGAGUGCAUUGGGAAUUUAUCCAAGUUGGUAAAUUUGGAGUUGUGCUUUCCAAGCAUUAUCGUGUCACCAACUUCAUUGGGUUCCCUUUCUCGUCUAAAGAAACUUUCCAUGUCUGGCCUCCAACACCCAGAAUUUCUCAUGCAAACACCUAAACCAGCAAUGCAGGGAAAUCUCAGCUCAAUAACAUCUUUCCCAGAUUUAUCCAACCUGAGAAAUCUAGUGAGUUUGAAUCUCUGUCGCUCUCGGGACAAGGAGAUCCAUCUCGGCGGACUAGAGAAGUUGAGACAUCUAACUGUCCACCAAUGUCCUGUCCUCGAAAGAAUUAUAUUCUCCACGUCAGGCCUGGAGAAUCUAAAAGAAUUGGAACUACGUGACUGCCCGAUGUUGAGAGAGAUUUGUGGUCUUGGGGCAUUGGAAACAUUAGAGAACCUGAAGGUCGAGCUCUGUCCGUCAAUUAGAAGGUUAAAUGAUCUGUCAAGAUUGCAAAAGUUGAUGGAAGUGAAAAUUGAACGUUGUCAUUCCUUGGAUUAUUGGACAAAUCCAUCGGACACAAUGAUACCAGAUGAAUGUCAAAUCGUAAUUGAACGUUGCCCGCAGCUAGGCGAAACUCCUUGGUGGGGCAUGUUUUAUAAGGAUUACAGAGAUGAGACUCAUGGACAGAUCACGACUGGUUCAGACACGUCCACAUCUGACAGAAUGGAGAAGGUGGCUAAAACGGAAGACGACAGACAAGUUGCCAGUAUUGGACAAGGCGGCGGAACUGACGAUCAAGUAAAGCAGAUCAUGAGCUUGAUGAAUAUUAAUGACAAGGAUGAGCGGAUCGUUGUUGUCAUACAUGGAGAAGGUGGGACUGGCAAGACGACUCUCGCAAAACUCAUAUACAACCAAAUCUCUUGUGAUUUUGAUGGGUGUAGCUUCCUUGCUGAUAUUAAAGAAGCGACUCAAGUAGUAGGAGGGCUUCAGCUUUUGCAAACUAAAUUGAUUUCCGAUGUUCUAAAACGGGAACUUGAGGAUGCUGCUUUUGUCAACAGGGGAAUUGAGUUUAUCAGGGACUUAUUUUGCAACAUGAGAGUUUUGAUUAUCCUUGAUAACGUGGAAAAUGCGUUUCAUGUCCAGAAACUCAUCGGAGAUUGCUUUGAUUGCUUUGCUUCUGGAAGUAGGAUCCUUGUAACCACCAGAAACAGUGUCGUCCUGGAAGAAUCUCCUCAGAUCCGGACAUAUCAUGUUAGUCGUUUGAAUAAGGAUAAGGCUUUUCAACUCUGCAGGCAGUAUGCAUCUAUGAUGACUUCGUCAUUACGUAGCAACUUCAAUCUUUCCGAAAAUGCUCUCAUUGUAAUGGCAGGACGCCUAUUGUUUAUUGAAGUUAUGGCUGCAGUCUUCAAUGGUAAAACGCAGGAGGAAUGGAAUAACUUACUAGGGCGGCAAUGGUCACCAUUCAGGCAGUGGGAUUUUCAAACGAUAGCCGAAUUGCUUGGUACCUGUGGGACGACACCUCUUUUCUGCCUUCUAGUGAAAUUGUGA